AUGGAUACAGACAGAAGUAGAAAAAGGGCAGCGCAAAGCUGCGAUAAAUUUGUAUGCCAAUUGGUAUUUUUUAUAAAGGAUCUUAGUAAAGCUACAAAACCGAUAGAAAAGCUCGGGUCAACUGAAUAUUUUCGAGCACUAAAAGGGCAUAACUCACUAAGAGAAUCAAAAUGCAAGGGAAUAGAGCUCCCUGAUGAUAUUGAGUAUGCAAUAGACAAAGCUGUAAGGCAGAGGAUGCAAAAAGGCUUAUUUGGGUACGAUAAUUCUCAAGUAAUAGCACUUGAAUUAGAGCUUGAAAACGCAGAAGGGAACAAAAAAGAUAACGAGAAGCUAUUUGAUGAAUUAUUAAGUGAAAGGCUUGAAAAUGCUGCAAAAACUAUGAAAACUUCAGAAAUUUCAUUUGAAGAUUGAAAAAGACGAAAAGCUGCUGAAGAAAGGCUAAAGAAAAAAUUAUUAGUCCAAGCUCUAGAAAUUGAAUAUGAAGAAAAACUAUUAGAAGCUGAAGACAAAGAAGUCAAAAAAAUAGAAAGCUAUAAACAAGUGAGAAACUGGGAAAGAAAUAAAUCAAAAGAGGAAAAAGUCAAGAAAAGUGAGAAAAAUAAAGCAAAAGCUGAUGAGGAAAGUGCAAAGAGAAAGAAAAUUGAAGAGUCAAGCAAAGUGUAUCGGGAAUGAUUAAAAAAUAACUUGAUAAAGUUAAGGGAAAAGAAAAUAAAAGAAAGAGAAGAAAAAAAGAAAAUUUAUGAAGAAAAAAGGAAAAAAGAGAUGGAACAGAUGCAGAGAAAAAUGAAGGCAGAAGAAGAGUAUAAUGCGUGAUUAACGAGAAAGUCACUAUCUAAAAACAGUACACAGAGAUAUGAAUCUUCUGAGGAGUUUUAUCAAAUAAAAAAACCAAUUUUGAUGGCUUAUUCACCAAAUAGAAAAAGCACGCCUGGUGACCAGUUUAUAGAUUCAUUUAGCGACUUCAGUGAUUCCCCUCAAUACUCAUCAAAAGAAGAAGAGAUAGAAAAACGCGGAGAUGCUCAAGUAAAAGCAUCUUCAAAACCUCCAUUGCCAUCACAGCGUAGCAAUAAAUUCACAGAAAGACAAAUUAAGAAUGAAAACUGUCACACCUUUGAAGAGCUUUCAUCGAUCAGAAAAUCUCCACAAGUAAACGAAGUGUCCCAUGAAAUUAGUGCGAAUCCAGAAAGCUUUUAUAGUGAUAUAUAA